GAUUAUCUGUAAGGGCAAUGAAUUAUUGAGUCUGCCACAUGCUGUAUUUGGCUUGCUUCAUUUCAGAUUCUACUUUUAAGGCGGGCAUGAUUACUCUUAUACAGUUCCUUGUAUAAAUAUUUGAUGCACCUCUACUGCCCUUAUUCCAUGCGUAUGGAUUUAUCCAUUCAUUUAUUAUAGUAUUCUACUGCCCUCUUAUACAGUUUCCAGAAAGCCAAAACAGCUGCAUAAGGGGAGGUGUACCUGUAGCUUUUUCCAUGAAUUAUAGAUUUUGCACUUUGACAUGGAUGUAGCAUUCAAAGAACUCAACAUUGUAUACAUUAUAUUCUCUUCAAAUAAACGGACUUAACAUUGUCAUGUUAGAGGUUAUCAGUGCACAAUACUCAUUGAAUCUCAUUGAAGUAGCCGAGUAAAGGAAAAGAGAGGAACAGAUUAACUGAAGAAUUUGUUAGAGAAAUCCAAAGACUUUGUAACAGUGUAUUGAGUACUGUUCACAUGUUGGAGAUGCUGGAUAUGUAGUGAAUUAUGCAUUGUCAUGGCAGCUGUUAGUUGUUUUUUAUUUUUAUUUUGAGUUUAUUUUUGCUGUUUAAAAAAGGAUUUUAUGCAACUGUGAACAAAUUUAUUGAGAAUAAGGCUUAGCUUGUUGUUAGUUGGUAUUAUCUUUGCAGUUCGAUUUUUAAUGCAGUCACAAUUUUGUUUCUCUUAUCUUUAUUAUUCCAAAUACUGCAGUCAAGGAUGUUACAUGGACCGCGCUGAGGCAUUGGUUAGAGAGAUGGAAGAAGAGGGUAUAGAUGCUGCAAUUGACUUAUAUCACACCAUGAUGGAUGGUUAUACCAUGAUAGGAAAUGAAGAAAAAUGUCUCAUUGUGUUUAAUAGACUAAAGGAGUGCGGGUUCACACCUUCUGUAAUCACUUAUGGAUGUCUCAUCAAUCUUUAUACCAAGGUAUCCGCAACUUCUUUCCUUGCCUGAACUUAUUUAGGAAAA